UUUUGAAAGUUGUCAGCGGAAGUUGCAUGGUGUGUUGUGGUUGACUGGUGUUAGCUGCAAGGCUGCAUGCAGACAGUACCAGCAUGGCUUACAGUGCAAAGAUCGGUCCGUCCAUCCUGAGCAGCGACUUGGCCUGCCUGGGCCGGGAGUGCAUGCGUAUGAUGGGGUGCGGGGCAGACUACCUGCACCUCGACGUCAUGGACGGGCACUUUGUACCCAACCUCACAUUUGGACAUCCCAUGGUAGAGUGCCUGAGGAAGUCAGUAGGCCAAGACCCUUUCUUUGACAUGCACAUGAUGGUGUCUCGGCCGGAGCAGUGGGUGAAACCCAUGGCUGCAGCAGGAGCCAAUCAGUACACAUUCCACAUAGAGUCCACCACCAACCCUGGAAACCUCAUCAAGGAGAUACGAGAGAGUGGAAUGAAGGUGGGUUUGGCUCUAAAACCUGGUACUACUGUUGAAGAGCUAGCACCCUGGGCUAACCAGAUCGACAUGGCUCUGGUCAUGACUGUUGAACCUGGCUUUGGAGGACAGAAGUUUAUGGAAGACAUGAUGCCCAAGGUGAGCUGGUUGCGGAGUCAAUUUCCUUCAUUAGACAUAGAAGUAGAUGGAGGAGUUGGCCCGGACACCAUUCACAAGUGUGCAGAGGCAGGAGCCAACAUGAUUGUGUCAGGCAGCGCUGUGAUAGGCAGCGACGACCCUCGAUCUGUCAUCUCUCUCCUGCGCACCGUGGUGGCAGAAGCAAUCCAGAAACGUUCACUGGACCGCUGAGAUGUUCUUUCUGUGACACUUUACUGAAUCGUUCCAGCAAAUCGACUUAGCAGCCAGUGGACAUUAAUGGGGUUGAGGUCAAAGUUCAUGGUCAGAGGAGGGGCCUGAUCACUUUGUGUGAGUGAAACUGUAUCGUGCCUCUACAAAACGUUUUGAUCUUCAUCCUGUCCUGCCACAAUCUCCUCUAAACAGUUAACUUAAAGUGAGUGUCAUCUCAGCAAGGGAAUGACCAUUUCAAGAAUACAGCUGAGGUUAUGCUCAUUCACAUCUGUAAACAUUCCUGAAUAUUGUUUGACAUUGUUUUAACAUUUAAUUGUCAAUAAAAUGGUCUAAGGAGCCCUGUGUUUAAUA